AUGCGCUGGGCAGACCUGCUCAUCCUUCUCCCUGCAGCCUGGUACCAGCUGGCAGCUUUCCUCUUCGCUGCUCUCUUCCAUUACCUCUGUGCUUUGGGGCACCUCUCUCUGACUUCCCGGUACAUCUUCCUCCUUGCUGGGGGAUGUCUCCUUGCAGGCACAGCUAUGGGCAGUUAUGCCACGCUGCUUCUCAUCCCUGCUGUCAGCUCCGUGCUCAUGUUCCUCUUGGUCAGCCCAGCUUAUGUCCAUACCUGGGUCUUCAGCCUCCAGAUGUGCUGGCAGACGCUCUGCCACCUGGGCCUGGGAAGCCUGGUGCUGGAGUCACAGGAUACCAGGCCAGCUGUCACCCUCUCUGCAAUCAUGCUGCUCACUCAGAAGGUGACAUCUCUGGCCAUGGACAUCCACGAAGGGACCGUGCUGCCCCAGCCUGGCCAGGGGCUGUUGCAGAGAGCCUUGCCCCUGUGCAGCUACCUGCUCUUCUUCCCAGCCCUCCUUGGAGGCCCGCUGUGCUCCUUCAGCAAGUUUCAGGCCCAGGUCAUGUCUCUGGGGGCUGUCCCCUGCCCGCUGCGGGCUGUGGGCUGGAGGUACCUCGGGGUGCUGGUGCUGCAGGUGCUGCGUGCAUGGCUGGAGGGCUGGCUGCCCUGCAUGCAGGGCUGGGCCAGCAUGGGCCACAUGUGGGCACAGGCCCUGCUCUUCAGACUGGCAUACUACUCGCAGUGGGUGCUGGAUGAAGCCCUCCUGGAGGCAGCAGGCUUUGGGGCAGCGGUAGAGCACAGAGACCUUUCUGGCCACGACCUUUGGACGCUGGAGACCACACAUCGCCUGUCUGUCUUCUCCAGAACGUGGAACAGGAGUACAUCCCUCUGGCUGAGGAGGCUGGUCUUCCAGCGCUGCCCAGUUCAGCCACUCCUUGCCACUUUUGCCUUCUCUGCAUGGUGGCACGGCCUUCGGCCGGGGCAAAUCUUUGGUUUCCUGUGCUGGGCCAUCAUGGUAGAGGCUGACUAUCGCAUCCAUCCCUUCCUCAGCUCCCGGGCCACCUCCUGUGUUGCAAAGCUCCUCUACCGUGGCACAACCUGGGUCUUCACACAGCUCAUCAUUGCCUACAUCCAGAUGGCUGUGGAGACAGAGAGCUUCUCCAUGCUCUGUCUGCUGUGGACUUCCUACAACAGUAUCCUUCCCCUCACUUAUGGCCUCGUGCUGCUGCUGCUGUUGCUGUUUGCUCAGAAGCCAAAGCAGAACCGAGCCUGUCCUGGGCUAACUCGACUGGCUGGCUAG